AAAUUAAAUUAUAAUUACCUUAGUUUUGGUUAUCUUAUAGUGCUGAUUCUAGAGAGAGCCGAACGCAGAUCGAACCAACUUCCUGAAAGUUUUAGAUACGAAAAUAAUAGUGCUUCGGUAUUAGCUCAGUAGAAACAUUCUGAAAAAAAAGAAAAUAUUCUGAAAAACCUCCGGUUUUCACAAUGGCAACUCAAAUGGAGGUUGAUGGAGGUGAUAAAGGUGUUAUGGCAGGUGCAGGAACCACCGGGAGUGUUUCAGUAUCACUACACCCCUUGGUGAUCAUGAAUAUAUCUGAGCAUUGGACCCGGACCCGUGCACAAGAGGGCAGCACCGCGGUUCAAGUGUUUGGAGCUUUGAUUGGCAAACAACAAGGUCGCAACCUUGAGGUAAUGAACUCAUUUGAAUUGCUGUGGGACAAGGUUGAGGAUACAGUCAUUAUAGACAGAGAAUACUACAAGACUAAAGAGGAACAGUUCAAGCAAGUGUUUAGUGAAUUGGACUUCUUGGGAUGGUACACAACUGGUAAUGCUCCAACAGAAUCUGAUAUCAAAGUGCAUAGACAGGUGUCUGAUAUAAAUGAGAGCCCAAUUUUAUUGAAGUUGAACCCUCUGGCAAGACAAGCAGAUCUCCCAGUUAGCAUCUAUGAGUCUGUAAUAGAUUUAGUAAAUGGAGAGGCCACAAUGUUAUUUGUGGAGUUGACAUACACACUGGCAACGGAGGAAGCAGAAAGGAUUGGUGUUGACCAUGUGGCUAGGAUGUCAUCCUCUGAUGUAUCAGAUACAUCUACAGUUGCAGUCCACCUAACAGCCCAACACAGUGCUAUUAAAAUGUUACACAGUAGAGUGAAGCUUAUACUAGACUACAUGAAAGCAGUCCAGGCAGGUGAGGUAGAAAAGAAACAUGAUAUAAUCAGAGAAGCACACAGCUUAUGCCACAGACUACCUGUCAUAGAAACAAACAGUUUUAAAGAAGAAUUUUAUAAUCAAUGCAAUGAUGUUAGUUUGAUGGCUUACCUUGGAGCAAUCACCAACAGUUCAAACAGCAUCAACCAGUUUGUAAACAAGUUCAAUGUUUUAUAUGACAGACAAGGCAUGGGACGUAGAAUGCGCGGAUUAUUCUUCUAACAAAAUUGAACUAUUUUCUUUACAUUAUAAAGACACUGUAUACAGUAUAGCAACAGACUUGCUUUUGAAUUGAAGCUAGGCGUAUUUAUGGACAUUCAAUGGAAUUCCAUUGAAACUGAACUAUUUCAAAGGAUAAGCAUUGAGCAUAUCUAUUUAUUGUUGAAAUGUAUCAAUUUAGAAACACAUCUACAUUUAUUUGAAAAGAAAUAGAUUUCAAAAAUCUAGCUCUUCUUUCUUGGGCUACUACUACCUAGUAGAGUAAUAUGAGCACUGCUACUGGUCCAGUCAUGGGAUGAAGCAUAGACAUUGCAACCAUUCUUGAGUUAAGACAUGUUUAUGAUCGAAGAUCUAGAGAAUAUUUUGUACAGGGCAUUUAGUGUACAUUCAAUGGCUGAAUAAACAACAAUUAUUUCUAGUUCAUUAGUUGUUAUUUUCACCACAUUACAUGCAUUUCGUAUAUGCACAAUAAAACAUGUUGAAUACUAAUUGUGA